AUGAGAAAUUAUAGAAAAUACCCCGAAAUCUUAUGUUUUCUUUGUAAUUUUUCUAUGAGACACUGGACACAGAUAGGACCUAGACGAUUCCACUUUCUCAAUGGGUUGUGA